GAUGGUUCUAUGAAGUGUUGUAAGGCACGCUUGGCUGCUAAAGGUUUUACAUAGGAGAAUGGGUUUUUGGCUACGCUCCAUUGAGUUGCUGUUUGUUUUUUGGGUUGUAUUGCGACCGUUUUGUCUUGGGAUUUGGUUGAUUAAUUCAAGAUUGUCUGUUGAUGGUGGAGAUGAGUUUGGGUUCAGUGUGUAUGGGGCUUUCGAGUUCGUUGAGGCACCACAGUACCAGAAUGGGAAUGAUUGUCUGGCGAUUAAGCCGUAUGCUUCAUUAUGUGAUCCAUCUUUUGUACACAUUGUUAUGACAUUGGAUUCGGAGUACCUUCGUGGGUCCCUUGUUGCCAUGUACUCCAUCAACCACCACGCCUCUUGUCCGAAAAACAUCUUCUUCCAUUUCAUCACAGUGGAGUUCAACUCGGCUAGUCCAUGGCUUUUGAAUCAAAUAGUUCGAUCAACCUUCUUGUCGCUCAAAUUCAAAGUUCAUAUCUUCAAAGAAGACAAGGUGAUUAAUCUAAUUUCUUCCUCAAUUCAUGAAGCACUCGGGAAUCCACUAAUUUGUUAAUUUGUUUAAAUAUUUUUAACUUAUUUAGUUUAUUUCUUAAUUAUUCAAUUAAUCUUAAAUAAUGUUAACUUUAUUUG